CUGUCAUGUCGAUCUACUCCAAUUACUUGUAAAAAAGACCGAUAUAGGUCUUUUGAUGGUACAUGUAAUAAUUUAGAAAACCCUUUUUGGGGUGCAGCGAAAGAACCCUAUGCGGAAUUAGUCAAUAAUAGCUAUGCAGAUGGUGUUCACAAAUUUCCUGAAACAUCAAAUAAUGAACAAUUACCAAAUCCCCGUGCGAUAAGUCUACUUGUUUUUCCAGACAAAAAUAUUAUUGAUUAUAAAUGGAACCUCAAUACAAUGCAGUGGGGUCAAAUAAUUACCCACGACAUGUCUUUCAGUGGUAGAACUACACUUAUCAAUAAUAAUCCUGUGACAUGCUGUGAUAGCGAAGGCCAACUGACAUCCGAAUCUGGUAAUAACCCUUUCUGCGCGCCUAUAAUCAUUCCUGAGAACGAUUUUGUCAACAAAGCAGAUGGAAGGGAAUGUAUGGAAUUUGUGAGAACUGUUUCAACAAAGGAUAUUGAUUGCACUUCAUCAAAAUCGCCCUCUUUUCCGAUAAAUGAAGUCACCUCCUACCUGGACCUCUCUUUGACAUAUGGUAAUAGUAAGAAACAAGCUGACUCAUUGCGUGAAGGUCGAGGGGGCCGCUUAAAAGUAAUUAAACGUAAUGGCGGAACGUGGCCACCUCAGGCGGCUAAUGUACUGCAGAUCUGUUCCGGAGCAACCACCGCUGAUGAACCAUGCUACGUAGCUGGUGAUGCAAGAGUAAAUCAAAAUCCUCAACUAACUGUUCUACAAGUGAUUUUGCUUAAAGAACAUAAUCGUAUUGCUGAUGCAUUGUCCGAUAUAAAUAAACAUUGGGACGACGAAAAGAUUUACCUAAUAGCAAGGCGCAUUAAUAUAGCAAUUAAUCUAUAUAUUCAUUACUAUGAGUUCCUGCCAAUAUUGCUAGGUGAGGAAAAUAUGGUAAAGAAUAAACUUAUAUAUCCAAACGCAAAGGGUUAUGUUAAUGAUUACAAUCCAAAAGUAAACGCAGCAGUGCUCAAAGAGUUCGCGACAGCUGCCUUUAGAUAUUUCCAUACGUUGAUACGUGGUCAAUUAAGACUAUACACAGAGCAUCGAUUUCCAUACCAGUCUAUAAGAUUAAGUGACUGGAUGAACAAGCCAUCAAUACUUGAGAAAAAUAAUGGCUACGAUGGCUUAGCGAUAGGUUUAUCUUUUCAACCCCAAGAUAAAAGUGACCAAUACUUCGACCUUGAAGUUACUCAAUACUUAUUUAAGGGAAACCAAACUCUCGGUAUGGAUUUGAGGGCUAUUGAUAUUCAACGUGCUCGAGAUCAUGGUGUAGGCAACUACAUUGAUCUUCGAUCUUAUUGCGGUCUUUCAAUCCCAAAGACCUUCAACGAUCUGUGUGACUACAUGUCAAUAAAGAACGUACAAGCACUUAAAUCAAUAUAUAAAAGAGUAGAAGACAUUGAACUUACUGUAGGAGGAUCAUUGGAGAAACAUGUGCCUGGUACUCUAGUUGGGCCCACUUUUCUCUGCAUUUUACUUAGACAGUUUUACAUCACGCGCGUUGGUGACCGAUACUUUUAUGAAAAUGGAGAGGAUAAGGAAAUCGCUUUUACUCUCGAACAACUAGAAACGAUUCGUAAAGGAUCUUCAAUGGCGCGCUUAUUCUGUGAUAAUGGCAUUAACAUAAAGAAGAUGCAAAAAAAAGCCUUCGAAUUGGUGUCUCCAUGGAAUCCCAUUGUUCCAUGUGAUCAGCUGCCAUUUGUUAAUUUAACGCUUUGGAAAGACAUAAAAUAA